AAAUAUUGAAACAGGUAUUUUUUUUCAAGGGAGAGAAAUAUCGUUAAACUAUUGGAACUGGAAGUCUUUGAAACUGACACAUUUUAGGUGAAGUACAAAUGUACCUUUAAAUGAAAAUCAAUUCUUCUUCGAUUGCCCACCCUCAACAUUUUAAUGGACAAGUGAAAUUGAUUUACUCAUGUGAAUAGAAUCGUUAGCGAUAAGUAGGUGGUUAGACAUACAGACGUAUUGUAAAUUGGUAGUGGAAAAAUUUAUAUCUUUAAAUAAUAGAACAAGUGGUAGAAUUUCAGUGGUUCGGACAAGUUCAAGUUCCGGGUGGAUUACUUUAUCGAUAACCGAUAUUUAAUUUAACGUUCCAAUAGGUCUUAAACAGGGACGUUCUUAAAUCACAUACGUGUUUGAAUAUAAAAGUCUAAAUAUAUUUUCAAAUGUCACUUAACGGGUAAUAGUCAAUAGAGAUUUAAAGUGUAGUAUGAGAAAACCUUGAAUAUAUUUAAUCUUCAACAUGUAUUUAUAUAGUCCAUAAAAGAGAGUGUAGGGCAGUGUUUAUACAUGUUUACAUUGGAUAUAACCCGAGAAAAUUACUACUGAUCACGAUAUUAUUUAACUAUUGAAAAUGAUAUAGCAAGUAAAAGUAUAUAAGAACUGAAUAUUGGCAUGGAAUGACUCAUAAUACAAUGAUACUAAAGACUAAAGUAGAGAAUUUGGGAUAUCUUUAAGAGCGAGCAUGAUAAAUAUUACAGGUUCCUUUUACCGUUUGGUAAAUGACUCAAGCAGAUUUUUCCGAAAUGCACAGUAUUAUCAUAUUGUUAUUGCGGUAUGUAUGUUAGGGACAGGGGUGACAUCUAUAAUUCUCUCUAACGGAUCUAACGGAGACGCAAAAGUGCCUUAUUUCUUUAGUGCUUUUAUUGCCGGAGCAUGGCAUAUUGUUUCGGCUGUGGUGUGCCAGGUGUGUAUAUAUUACCUGUCAGGUGAGAGAAGUGGAGUCAGCACAGCUACUGUUUCGGUACGUAUCUACUCCAUUUUAUGCUCCGUGUUCGUUCUAUUCAACGUAAUGGGUGUGGUGUUCACUGUGGUCAAUGGAUUGUGCAUCGAGAGCCAGAUGUGUUACUAUGACAAAAAUCACGUGUCAAACAGAAUCAUGGCGAUUCUACUUAUUUUAGAACAUUGUGUAUCAACUUUAGCAACUAUUAUUCUUGCAAAGAGAUCUCACUUAAUAGAAUCAGAACUAGCAGCAGAUGCAUCAAUUAAACUCAAUACCCACUUUAGUUUUAGUAUCCGUACCACAAAAAAAUCUUUGCAACAAUCGGACAGUUCUCGCAGUCAGCAAACAACACCAGAAAAUCAGACAGAAUCCGGUCUAUCCGAGGUACAAAAUAAAGGAGGACAUGUUUUAACAACCAUUGAAAUAUCAGCAAUGGCACACAGGAAGACGCACAGACGGUCAAAAUCACAACCAAUCAAUCUUAAGCAGCUUGGUAUAAAACCGAUAGAAAUUGAAGGACAAGUAUUUUCUAUAUACUCUGAUUCAGAAUCAAAAGACAACCAAAAAAGUCGCAAGAAAAAGAAGCGUUUCAUUUCACCAGGUAAAACAAACCGUGUCAAAGCAAGUAUUGAAUUAAAAACAGAUAAAAGAAUACGAUCAAAAUCUGUUGGAGAUGAUCUUGAUCACUCUUUCUCAGGAGAUGAAAGUCUUUCAAGUUUUGGAACUAGAAUGUCAGUAGAAGAUCGGAAGCAGCUAUUAGGUCAAAUGGAAAAAAUCCGUCGGACUACAGUUCCGCUUCCGGUUGAUCAAAAUGAAGCAGACGACAUAUUUUAUGUGAAACCUGUCCAUGAAACUGAGGACGUCGAAAAUAAGCAGCAAAUAUUGUUGAAAGAACAGCAAAAACUUCAAAGAAAACAGCAGAAAUUACAACAAGAACAAGCAAAACUUUUUGAAAAACAAAGAAAAUUGUUUCAAGUCCAACAGGAACAAGACAAACCAUACACAUAUAUGGAGCCCCCUCCGUACGAUGCGUUGGAGAGUGAAGCCAAUGGUAGAACAAUUCUUAAUUUAGAAGCAGAUGGAAAUAUGGAUAGUCCGCGCGAGAGUGAAGCCAAUGGUAGAACAGUUCUUAAUUUAGAAGCAGAUGGAAAUAUGGAUAGUCCGCGCGAUAUAUCGCUGUGAUAGCAAUGUAAUUGUAAUCUAUUACAUGGCAAUUUAUUUAUUCUAUAAAUAUUUAAUAUAAAUUCAUUAUUUUAUUAAUACAUGUAUUUAAUAUAAAUCAACACUCCCAAUUUAUCAGGCUUCCAUUUGUCAUUGUUUCUUCCCUCUACUUAAGAGAUAUCUUUAUGAAGGUAUAUACACCUGCUUUAUGUAAUACUCAUUGAUUUCAUGUUUUCAUUUAUAUAUAACUAUACUCAUUUCUGUUUAUUCUGUCAUCAAGAAAUGUAAGCAAGAUCUUUAUAUAUGUAUGUGCAAUAUGGAGCCGAAAUAAAACACUUCUGUGCAAUGUUUGUGGCACUGAUAAUGCAAUUACACUGAGAUAUUUGAUGAAAUUUCACAAUUUUCUUUUUUUCCACAAAUUUCAAUAGAGUACAUUUCAUUAUAUGAUCGUUUCCUUGGUCACCGUAAGAGAUCAGCAUUGCUAUAAGCUACUAAUACUACAUCUAUCGACUAAUACACUUUGAUAGAAAACCCUGGAAUGAUUGAAUUAAAUGAUUAAUAAACGAA